AUGUCUAGAGUAGUUAAUGCAGCUGAUUACAGUACUCUAUAUCCUCAAUCCCAUGGAAUUGUGAUGAAUCCAAGACUCCAAUCCACAUCCUCAACAAGAUCGUCAGCAAGUAGCAGCAGUGGCAGCAGUUUACAAAGCUCAACCAAAUCACAUUCAACUGUCGGCUCUGUUCCUGAUCCCACGCUGUCCUUCCUGGAUAUUGAGAAGAUUUUGUUUCAGAAGGCAGUUGCCAAAGAAGAUGAACUCAAAAAGGCAUUUCAGACAAUUGACAUUGAUCACACCCUGAAAGUCACAAAGGGUGAAUUUAGAAGAGUCAUCGAAACUUUCAUGUUGCCACUGACACAGGAACAGUUUGAUACUUUGCUGACAAAGAUUCCUGGCAGUAACCAAGUUUGUGUUCCCUAUCUUGAGUUCUUGUCGAGAUUUGCUAAGCCACUCGAUCUCAUCAGUAUGAAGUCAAGGAAUCUUGGAGACACCCGAACAAGAACACUGAGUCAGCUGGAAUGCCUCUUACGGGAAAAGCUUUCCAAAAACAUGAAGCACUUUAUCAAGACCUGUAGACUUUUUGACUACAAUCAAAAUGGGCAGAUACAGAGACAUGAACUGAGAAGGAUUCUCGAAGUCAACUGCUUCAGGAUGAACGAUUGUGAGUAUGAAAAAUUAUGGAAUCGAUACUGUUUUUGCCGAACAAAUACAUUGAAUUAUAAAGAGUUUCUGCAGUAUCUUGGCUUAAAUUUGGACAAGAAGAAGAAACAAAUUAUGGAAAGCCAAGAUUCCGCACAGAAACUGAAUGAAUUGCCAGAAAAAAAGAAAUCUGAAUCAAAGUUACCCCCACCUAUGACACCUGGAUAUAAUUUGACAAAACGCCAUCUAGAAGCCACUGCAAAGAGUUUUCGUGAAAAGCUGCAUUCAGCCUAUCAUCAUAUUGUCAAAGCUUUCAGAGCAUAUGAUGUUGGACGGAGCGGAUUUGUUUCUUUGGAAUAUUUAAAAUCCGUUCUUAACACCUUUGUGUUUCCAAUACGAGCUGAUGUAUUUCAAGAGCUGAUGAACAGAUUUGGAAUAAAAAUUUCCAAGAAUAUGGCUUGGGAAAGAUUUUUAGAUACGUUUCAAGACCCCUUGAUAUUUGAUAUGAGCCAAGCCUCUAUUACAAAAAAACAAGGCAGAAGCAGAAAAUUGGAUGAAGAUGUGGCUAGUGACCGAAUUCUCAUAAAACUGCACGAACAUAUCCAGGAUGCCUAUUCCUCCCUCAAGAAGGCCUUUCUAAUGCUUGACACAAAUCAUGAUGGAAAGAUUACCAGGAAUGAACUCCGUCGCAUUUUAGAUUGCAUCAUGUUCCGAAUAAGUGAUGAUGACUUCCAAGAAUUAAUCAAGAUAAUUGAUCCAGAACACACCGGAGAGCUCAGCUACAAUAUGUUUUUGAACCUGUUUGAAGACAAGGAUGCACUGGCAAGUUCCAAAUUGAUUGGUGGUUCAAGGAAGGCUAAAAAACCAACAUCUGUCCUUGAAGCAUGGAAGAUUGCGGAAGAUGUAUUGGCUGAGCAAGUCAAAGGAUAUUGGAAUGAGUUUAGCAAAGCACUGCAGGCAUUUGACCCACAAAAUAAUGGCAUUGUCAGCAGAAAUAAUUUCCGGAAAGUUCUUCAGCUAUAUUGUCCCUCAUUAAAUGACGACCAUUUUAUUGCAUUAUAUCAGAAAUACCAAGAUGAUACUACAGAAGGAGUCCUAUACAGGAUGCUGUUACAUAGUCUAGGAGUUGCCGAUUUGCCAAAAGAAUUAAUUGUCAUGGCCAGCAGCCCUUCCUCCCGAGAAAGUCAACACAGAGAAGGAAAAAAACCAAUGGAUCAUACCGAGAGAAUGAAACAGAUUGAAGACCAUGCCUACAGAAACACCAAGAAUAGAACUGUUGAUGAAGUAAUUGAAAGACUGAGGGAUGGUAUCCUGAAUCAGGAAGCCAGCAUUAGAGAUGCUUUUCUUGUCUACAACAAGCAAGCGAGUGGGAAACUGAGUAAAACUCAUUUCCGAAAGCUGUUAGAUGAUAUUGGGAUGCCAAUGGAUGAAGAUCAGUUUGAUUAUCUCAUUGCGAGAUUAGGAUUUCCUAUUGGCGGGCUGAGUUAUCUUGAUUUUGUGGCAAUAUUUGAAGAUUCCAGAUUGAGUGGACUUGGUCCAAAUCGGCGAGUCAAUGCCAACAAGUGUCGCUUCAUGUCUGCUGAAGAAUGCCUCAGCCAGUAUAGCGAUAAGCUUUCGGAAGAAUAUGGGGAUCCAUACGUUGCCUUCCGUAAAAUAGAUCUGAACAAUGACGGCAUUGUGACAAUGCUUGAUUUCCGACGCCUCCUGCACAGCUUAAUGAUCAGCAUGACAGAUGAGGAAUAUGGACGUCUGCUUAGUCUCUUGGGACUGAAUGUCACAUCUACGCUAAACUAUCCAGAAUUCCUUCAAGUGUUCCAAGCACACGCAAUGAAAGAGAUGCGCCCUUGGCUAACUCCAUCUUACAAACCCAAACAGAUAACGACGGAUGCAGACUUAGCUUGUGAACAAGCUCAUUACUAUCUUAGUAUCAAAGCGCAAACCAGAUGGAAUGACCUAGCUGUGCACUUCCAUGACUAUGAUAAUGAAGGAAAUGGCAUCAUUCUGAAAAAGGAGCUGAAAGACGUUCUGUAUAGAUGCUGCAUCCCUCUGAACCCAAAAGAAUUUGAAAAACUCUGGGCAAGGUAUGAUCUGGAGGCAAAGGGCUACCUUACUCAUCAAGAAUUCCUGGAGAAAAUGGGUGUAGAUAUCACCCUUCCAGAUUCCAGCUUCAACAAGCAGCUUUUGACAGAGAACUAUUUGCAGUUUAUGGAUCAUUACAAAAAACAGGAGCGAAAGCACAUUGACAUCAAUGAGAUUAUAAAGAAAAUCAGAGAGAAAUACCGUGAGUGUUCCCAGGAAUUCCACAAGGCCUUUUUGCUACAGGAUAAAACCAGAGAAGGCUACAUAUCAGUAGGCGACCUGCGUAAGAUGCUGGAAGACUUUAAUUGUUACCUUGGCUAUGAACAGUAUAGUGAACUUCUAUACAGCUUAGGACUUACCAUACAGGACAACAGGCUUUCAUAUUUUGAUUUUCUGAGAGUUAUUGAUGAUCGCGCAGCCUUCAAACGGCAGAAAAGGAAAACUGUGCCUCCUGUACCACCCAUCAGCUUUGUGGGGCUCAGCAUAGUUGAAGCCAUGAGAAAGAUUAAACAGAUAGUUACAGAUUCAUCCAAUUUGCUAUACAAGGCCUUUUCAGCUUUUGACAAGGAGCGUACAGGGGCAAUUUCCACCUUGGAUUUCCGGCAGGUCCUUCACCACUUCUGUUUCACUCUCUCUGAAAAACAAUUCAACCAUCUCCUCAAACUACAGCGACUCCGUGGUGAACACUGCAUCGACUGGAAAUAUUUCCUGCAAAAAUUCAACUUUCUUUCAGAGAGUGAGAGAGAGCAUAGUAAAUUUGCUUGUAGAGAGCUGUCCAACCAAGAGGUCCUUGCCCGUGUGCAGGAAGUCGUGGGGGUUCGCUUUCAAGCCAUUGAAGAAGAGUUUAAGAGAGCAGAUACUGCAGGAGAAAAGGUUGUGUCAAAAGAAGUUUUCAGAGAUAUCUGCAACCGAAGGUUUUUACUUCUGACUGACGAUCAGUUUGAGAAUCUCUGGAACACAGUACCUCUUGAUCAGAAUGGAAAACUGAAAUAUCCCUGGUUUUUGAGGAAGUUCAGCUUUGAAAGACGAGAAAUGAGUGAUACACCCGUUGCAGCUGUGACACCAGCUGAGCCUGGAUCACGGUUAGGUUCACGGCCCCAAACAGCAGCCUCUCCAUCAAUAGCAAAGAAAGCCUCAGAACCAAGCAGGCCACAUACAGCUGCAAUUCAGACACCACCCAUUCUGAACUGUCAGCCAAUUGAAAGUAAAAUCCGAAAAGUUGUUCAGCGCCGUUGGAGAGAAAUAUUGAAGGAGUGCAAAGAGAAGGAUGUUGAACGCCUGGGAGAAAUUUCUAUAGAAGACUUUUUAGCUGUAAUAGAAAAAGCUCAUUUGAAUUUAACCAAAGAAGAGUUGAAGCAACUUGUAACCAAAUAUGAUUUUAAGAGUGUCGGCAAAUUUGCCUACUGUGACUUCCUUCAAAGCUGUGUCUUGCUGUUUAAACAACAGGAAUUGUCUCCUCUACAAAGAGUUGUAAUCCAAAAUCCACGACUACAGGGUACCCCUGGGCCACAGUCACCAACCUUUUUCAAUGCAAUGAUGAGAAUUCAGCCUCAGAUCCUGCACUGCUGGAGACCAAUGAGACGUACCUUUAAAUUUCAUGAUGAAAGGGGGACUGGGCAUCUAAGUGUUCAGGAUUUCCGACAGGUGCUUCGAAAGUAUGGUAUUAACCUGUCUGAAGAGGAGUUCUUUCACAUCUUGGAAUAUUAUGACAAAUCAUUAACUUCCAAAAUCUCCUACAAUGAAUUCCUCCGAGCAUUCCUGCAGUAGAAAGAGGGGAAAAGAUGCCUCCUUCCAGUCUUGGAGAAUAAUUAGGCAAGACAGCUGUGAUUGCUGAAAUAUAUUUCCUCAUUUUAAACUAAUAA